AGUACAAUAAAAACAAGACAAAAGUAUGUAAUUGACUGAAUUAUAAUGAAUUUGUUUUGUCUGACUGUUAAAUUUCAGAUAUAUAAAUGACGAUGACAUUGAUGGUGAACGAGGAGACGACAAUGAUGCUCUUUUUGAUCAUGAUAUCGAUAUUGCAGAUAGUUACUCCACAGACACCUCAUCCACUGUCGUACCUAGAAGGGGUCACAGGGUUUUACGCCGAAAAAAGAGCAGUGUCAUGACCCGUGGCAUGGAUUUCGUUAGAAAAAUGAGGUGGAAAUUGAACGGUAACACUGGACGUCGUUUAUCGCAACCAGACAUGGAUCCAAUUGAUAGUUUCACACACUGGAGAUCAAGCUGGAGUACACAGAACACACCGAGGGGAAGUAUAGAUAGUGCAUCUGUACCAGAAGGGCUGAUCAUGCCAUCAUCUUCUACAAGUUCGCAUCACGAAAAAAUAUUAAUUCUACCACCGAUUCAUGAAUUGACCAACAGUAGUAACAGAGAAGCAUAUGCAGAUCAAUAUAAUCGAGCGUUACACACACCAACGAGAUUUUUACCACAAAAUCAAUCAGUAAUCACCACAAAUGCCGAGGGAGCGAUACUUUUAUUUAACGACAUAGCUUCUCUCUGCUUUGAUAUUAAUAAGUCUAUUAUCGGAAAAUCUGUUCUGACUUCACUGCUAGAAGAGCCUUUUCGAAAACAAAUCACAAAUAUUCUCAGUCGCAGACGAAAAAUCGUGCAUACUCAAGAUCAAUCCGACAAGGGCCUGGUGCUUGUAUGCGGAACUAUUAUACCUAUCAUAAAAGCAAAUACAAUUAAAUCAGUAGCCUCACUCUGGCUUAAAGAGAAAAAGACGGAUCAUGGUGAGCAUAUAUAUAUCUGGAUCUUUGAAGAGAUUUACGAUACAUCACUAUCUGUUUACGUCGAUUCAAAGUGUAUCAUCCGUAGAGUUUUAGGCACUAUGAUUGAAAUAUACGGCUAUCAAGAGAAUGACAUAAUCGGAAAGCCUGUAAAUUGUCUAGUCCCUGCCCUAUCGAAAGAAAAACGUGAUGAUAAUUUAGAAAAGAUUGAUAGACUCAAGUUCUUUGGCAGUCAAUCGAGCCAAGGAAUAUAUUACCCCGUCAUAUUGAAUUUAAGUAGACACGUGGCCAUUGGAGAUGAUGAUCUUUCCAGCUUUGUCGUCAAAAUCACCUCUUUACCGACAAUUUCAGGUCUUAUGACAAUCAACCGCAAAAAUGGCCUAGUCAAAAGCUUAAAUCCUGUGCCUGCAAAAUACCUUUUUGGAUAUUCGGUAUCCACUAUUAUUGAUGAGAAAAAAAUACAGUACAAGGAUCUCAUACCUCAUUUACCGAUUCUGAUAAAUACCGCGAUUGAAAAAGGCAAACUCUCAAACAAGUCUAUUAUGGAAAACGAUAUCUGUAAGAAGAUACUGCAGGAGAAAUGUGGGAAAGGUGAACCAUCCACUAUUUACGUUGUGCAUAGAGAUGGAAGUCAGUUUGAGGUUGAGCUUCAGCUGAAACUCGUAGAAAGCAAUUUAGUUAACGUAUGGAUAACAUACGAUCGCAUAGAUGCUGUAGCAAAAUACAAAAAGAGAUCCAAAAAAGAAGAGGCAUUUAGUCAAGUCACACGAUUGACUUUGGACGAAAAAAUUAAGACAAAACAACGCAUUGCAAAACUCAUUUAUGAUAACACAGACCAAGGGCUGCUAGUAUCUCCCAUCACCGAAAGAAACACAAAAGAUGAUGACCUUCUUCUAGACAUGAGCAUCAAAAAACUUCGUAAACCUGCAACCCAACUUUCUCGUAUCAGCUCCUUUGGCGCUAUGGACGAUCGACGAAAAUUAUUUCCGUCAGAUGGCACCAAGACAAAUACAAUAGCCAAAACUGUAACAAACAAUGAUAUGGUUCCUUUAGAAGCGCCAUUGAAAGAGUUAAAAAAACAUCCCUUGGAUGACUAUGUGAUAUUGGAAGUGUUGGGUCAAGGUACAUACGGCACGGCCAAAUUGGCUUAUAGAAAAGAUGAUCCAUCUCAGAAAAAACUGGUCAUCAAACACAUCAUAAAAUCAAAGAUUAUUGUCGAUUCAUGGAUAAGAGAUCGCCAACUUGGAUCAAUACCCAUGGAAAUACACAUUUUAAAAGCGCUACAGAAAUAUCCCCAUCCCAACUGCUGUAGACUAGUUACUAGUUUAGAAGACGAAGAUCAUUAUUUUAUAGUUAUGGAACUGUUGGGUGAUGGGAUGGAUCUGUUUGAUUACAUCGAGAUUAACAAAAAUAUGACCGAAAAUGAGAUUCAGAGAAUUUUUUAUCAGGUUGCUUGUGCCGUAAAACAUCUUCAUCAACACAAAAUAGUCCACAGAGAUAUUAAGGAUGAAAACAUUAUAUUGGAUCAAGAAGGCAAAAUCCAUCUCAUCGAUUUUGGGUGUGCCACAUACUAUAAAAAAGAUAGAAAAUUUGAUACAUUUACUGGGACCUUGGAGUACUGUGCGCCAGAGGUUUUGAAGGGAAAACCUUAUGAAGGACCACCUCAAGAUAUAUGGGCCAGCGGGAUCUUAUUAUUCACAUUGAUCUAUCGAGAGAAUCCUUUUUAUAACAUUGACGAAAUCAUGGAAAGGGAAUUGAGAGUUCCUUAUGUUGUAUCAGAAGGCUCGCUUGAUCUCAUUAAAAAAAUGCUUGAUCGAGACAUUGAAAAAAGGAUAAAUAUUGACCAAAUCUUGGAGCAUCCAUGGUUUCAUUCUUUCCAUAAUAAUGAAACAAAGGUAUAGAUUUUCAAAUACAAACUGUAAUUUAUACAAGAGUACACAUUGUAAUGUCCAUAUGCAACGCCAAACAGUCAUUAAUGAUAUAUAAAGAAAAGAAAAGAAAUAAUUUUACAGAUUUAAUGCCAAUUUAUUCAUUAAUAAAAUAAGUUCUGGAUACACGUAUUUCUUUAUUCUUGGUCAAAACCAUUUUAUGUAUACUUGGCUCUCAUGAAGCAUUAAUAACGUCGAUUUGGUAUUCGUGACAGGUCUUUUGAUUCAGACUAAGGCUGGACCACUUACUCGGAAAACAUGGUCAAAUUUAUGAUCACAUCAAACUUUCACCUUUUUUUUAGCACGCAUACCUUUGUGUAUGGCAACAUCAUACUUAACAAUGUAUUAAAGUACAAGAAGUCCAUGCACAUAAAAUGGAAUAUGUACAUGUUUUAGCUAUGAAAAAAC